CCGUCUGUCUCUAUAUAGAACUCUGUUUCCAUCAUCAGUGCUGUUCCGUUCCAUUCAAAAACUCUCGAAUACACGCACGUGAUUUCCCUAAGUGUGCGAUCUACCUGAAACAGCGCGUGUUGUCGACGGAAUUAGAAUUAAAACUCCAACUGCUUUUACCUGAUUCUACUAGUUCCGCGUAGUUUUUCGGUUCUUCCAAUUAAGCAGUCGCUGUUGAAAACUUUAAAGUAUUGGUAGCAUAAUGGUUUAGUGCCGUGUCCAAGUGUGAAGUAAUAUAACUUGUUGUUUGUAUAAACGAAAGGGAAGAUUAGGACGCUGCUUUCGAACGAACGAAUGAAACAGGUAGUGCGACAUCGAGUGGAUGGAUGUUUUUUGCCUGUGUGUGCGUGUGCAAACGUUGCGAGUAGUGUUGUAGGGUAGUGUUUGCCAAACGGAUGGACAGCGGCGUAGCAAAAGCAAAAGCGCAAGGCAUACCACGUCGCCGUGCAGCCAGCCACUCAGCCAGUAAAGCAAGAGUAGUCGAAACGGAAAGAGCGAGUUCGAUUCCGUGUGAACAUAUUCGUGAGGCGGUGUCGUAUCCGAGAAAAGAAUUCUUUGCAGCGAAAAAAGGUGCUUGAUUCGGUUGAUAAUUCGCGUCGGCUCGGCGGUUUCGUGCGUGCGUUUUAAAUGCUCUAGUUGAUGGAGUUUUUGGUGUGGUUCUCAAAGUGUACGUUAGUAGGCUUGCCGGAAGCAGAAAGAAGGCAAUAUUGAAGCAGGAAGAGUUUUGUGCCAAAUCCUCGUUUUUUCCCUGCUCGAAGCUGCCCGAUGCCGAGCUUUUUCAAAUUUCCAAAGCGUGAUGAUGCUCUCGCCGUACCGUACAUAUUCACAGAUGCUGAUUAACAGCUUCGUGGCCUUCGAUGGACUCAACUGAACGAUCGAAGAAGUGUGAACCUACCAACAUAUUAUACAUAAAAAGUGAUUGAAAAAGUAUUCUCAAUGCAGAUGAACGGUGCAGAUAAACCGAAGGCCGGUAUUAUGAAAUUUAACAACCGCAACAGUCCAGCAGAGAAAGGGAAGACACGAUCCGCCACCAUCAGUGCAUCAGUGAAGCAAGAGCCCGGCCAGCAGCUCCCGGAAGCCGGAUCGCCCCAGGAGCAGCAGCAGCAGCAGCAGAAGAAAACCCUGAUCGUCCAGCAAACGAAGCAAAUCAGUCUGAAAAACAAAAUUACGCCCCAGCAGCUGCUUCAGCUGCAACAGCAGCAGCAGCGGCAACCGCUGGCCAAGAGACCCCGCAUCGAGUCCGCUCCGACCGAGGAGACGACGGAACCGGAAGAGGAGGAGGAGGAGGAGCAGGAGGAACCAGAGCUCGACACAUCCGCCACCGAGUCGGAGACAGAAAUGGAUCAAACGGCGGACGACGAGAUGAUCGUGUCCCAUCCAGCUCAACGGUUAGACGCAUCGGUUCUGAAAGCCAAGGGAGCAACAACGACAGUAUUGGUUACGGAGGAAUCCGAUUCAGACGACAGGCUUGGACGGAAAAAAGUGAAACGAAAAAUGGUCGGCAAAGCGACCAACACAAACACAUCCACCAAGGUCAAAUUGCAGAUGGUGCACGAAUUCCCAACACUCUUUCUGGGACUCAGGCGCAACCGCAUAUUCCUGGUUAACUCGUUGGCCCAGAGCUUCGAGCUCAAUCAGCGCGAUAUCAUCCUGACACUGCGCAAAAUUAAGUUAAACGAACACAACGCUCGGCUGGCGAGCGUUUUCGGACUGACUGAUAGUGAGGUGGAAAUCCUGUUCCGUACAAGCGUGCCUAAAAUAGCAGACUGUUUGCGAAAUUUUAUCGUCUGGCCAGACGAUAUCACGAUGAAGCUGAACGUUCCGAUCAACCUGCGGCAACACUUCAACAAAAUCCAUCUCAUCCUCAACUAUUUAGUGGUGAAAGUGCGGCAAAACGCCGUCAAACAUCUUUCCCAGGCCCAAAACGAAACAUCAUACUGUGAGCUGGAUCAGUGUCACAAGCUUAAGUAUCUAAUCGCUUCCACACUGGACGGUUGCGUGUGUUUCGUGUCCCGAGGUUUCGGCAUUCAAACGGACGACGAAGCCGUACUGGCACAGUCCGGCUUUCUGACCAAGUUCAAAACUAACACGAAUUUGAUCGCCGGCAAAAACUUCCACAACUUCGAGGAUCGUCUUACCAAUGGGCACGAUCCAGAAAACAACAACGGCGCGGGAACGACGGCCGGUACCGGCGACGAUUCCGACUUGGAGCGAACGUUAACGACCAGCAACGAGGACGACAACUUCGAGGAGAUCGUAUCGGAGAAGAUCAGCAAGAGUCGAACGUUCAAGCUGAAAAGCUACAUCGAGAGUGUGCUGGAAAGCUUUCAGGGCCAUCUGAUCCUUUCGCCGACGGCAUGUGUGGACGGCAAAACGUUGGAACUGCUGGACGACGUCAUAGUGAUCGUCGGGGCGCUCAUUAACCUGCAGAAGCAGGAGGUGGAGUAAGGCGCGCCACGGUGAAUUCGUGUAAGUUUAAUAAAAAUGCCCCUUUGUUAGUAGGAAUCAUAUCGAAAUAGAGAGAGCGCGCUAGGAGGUCGGUCGGUCGGUCGGUCGGUGUUUCGCACGAUUGUGAAACCGAACAUGGUUUCUUUUCGCUUGAUUUUUUUACUAAACAUUAUCGAUAUGUAGGAAUUAUUUUAACUCUGUUGACGAUUUCCGUUUUCUUUCUAAAAGCCUGGUGGUCUCUCGUCAAGCUGAACUGAGAUGGGAGAGGCCAAGACCCGGUCAUGUAGGAGAAAAGGUAUCGCACCGGGGUCGCCCGGAGCGUGAUAGGUUUGAUACCCACGCACGCAUACACAAGCAAGCAACAAGCAUAAGAUUAAUAUACCUAAAGGUUAAAUACGCUAUCUCUCGUAUUGUAUAUAAUUUAUUACCGGCAUGUACGCCUAACUAAAGCUAUUCAUAACAAUAAAGUUUAUCUGUGGAAAAUUAUUACCUUCAAUCGAUUUUGACAGGAAGAGAGGAGAAAGCUUCCGAUUACGAUCCAUUUUGAGGAUAGUGGCCGAUAAGUGACACAAUACCGGGCAGGUGACAGCUUGGUCAGAGAUUCUGAACUCUAAGAAAUGCUGUCAAGGGUCAGUUUUCAGAGUGAUAUUUCUUUUCCGAGUGUUUUAGUAAAUCUUCGUUUCACUAUUCAUUUGUUCUGACAGAUAAGUAUUUUACUUCCGACUGUUGACUUCUGCGACACGCUCCUGACCCUUUAAUUAUAAAGUCAAACGCCAAUAACUGAAGAUUCGAUUACUUAGUAAAUAUUUCCUAGAGAUAUUAAUAGCUUAGUUUGAUUUCAGAAAUUUAAAAAGAAUAUGUUUCUAUCCAUCUCACUCUCUGACGGCUCAAACCUGUCCGAGGUUUCGCCAUUUUGAACAUCCAAUAAAAGAAAUAAGCAAGUCGCAGGGGGGGGGCAUUGAUGAUUCCGUUUCCCCUGCCACCUGCACUAUCCGGUAAUCCACUCAGUGUCGACAACGAUGGUUUGUACAAACUAACCAACAAGUUUUAAACACACAAGUAGACACCUACAACUAGUUAGUGAAGUUUGAUUUUCCAAACGAAACUGUUCGAAACGAGGAGUUAGUCUUAAUUGAGUUAACAUUUACGCGGAGUUGCACCCAUAUUGUCGCUUCAGUGCAAAAUUAUCAGUUACUAAAGCCUUCUUUUGGUUCGAUUGAACAAGAAACUCGUCAUCCAAAUGUAAGCUUCACCCGUGCACGACGCUGCGGUCUCUGAAUGUACCGCCUGAAGCACUAGGUUCAAUCAUCAUCGUAGACACACUACCUACUAUUAAGCCGUAGUAAUUACAAUGUGCAUUGAGACAGAGCUAAAUUCUACAGUUGAUAAAUAGUAUCACGACAGGCAUACAACUUGACACUUUGCUGCUGUUCAAUACAGUUUUGAGCAUUCAAUUUAAAAAUACGGAUAACAACUUAUGGAUAAGCAACUACCCUGCCCUGUUGUGACUGCAUUGAAAAGCUGAGACAAGCAUGAUCGAAGAUUAAAUGUAAUAUAACUUACUGCAACUGCACUACUAAUACGAUAGCAAAUAGGAUGUUCUUUAAAGUAAUAAAAGCAAAGAAGAAAGAAAAAAAAGCUAUGAUUCUUAUGAUUGCAAACUUGAAAAGAAAAACUGGUAAAACGGAGUUUUUAGGUAUAAAAUUGUCACUUUUAGAAUGUAUAAAUCGAGAUCGAAGAGAAAAACCGAACAAAGCCCUGAUAGAAAAGGCACACACAUUGUAAAUAGCAAAAAAAAAAAUCAGUUAGGGUAGAGUAAAAGGUAAUUCAUUGACCAUUUUUAUCAGUACGAUAACAGAAGUGUAAUAUUUCAAAAAUGAUUUGAAACAGUUUAGGAAUACAGAAAUAAAAAGCUGACAAAGCUUGUCUAGUACAGCAGAUAACAAAAAUUCGAUUACCGACGGUAACUGUAGGACAUUCGGCAUAAUAUGGCGCGUUUACGAACUUUAAAUUACACCUAAAACUAUCUAAAUGAAUAAAAAUAUUUACACGCAAGUACCCUUAAUACGGAGAGUUCUGGAUCCAUUAGCAAGAAAAUCAACAUGCUUUCGUGCAGAAGGUCAUUCACACUGUCACAGACUGUCGACGUAGGCAAAGCGUUAAA